AUGAGGCUAUUCCCUGCUCCGGUUCACAGUAAUCUGCAAAGCCUGUGUCUCCGUAGCCCAGGAUUAACUGUGGGAUAUGCACCUGUAAUCGGCCUCGACAUCCUCACCUUUCCUCACCUGACUGGCUUGGAGCUGGUAAAUCUAGCAUUUGGUCGGGAUACGUCCACAGAGCGUUUCAUUCUCCGGCAUAAGGCGACGCUACGCCGGUUAGAGGUCAUAGAUUGCCUAAUGGUAUGUAACGAACUGGAGGUCGUGGGACGAAAGGAAGACAACAGGUGGGAGAUGCCACGUACAUGGGAGGAUACCUUUGACGGAUUCAGGAAAGAGCUGGGGUGCUUGCAGGAGAUCGAAGUUUGGGAGUAUGGUUAUGGCCGCUACAAGAAAUACCUGCUACUCGAUGUCAAGGUCUACAGGGAGCAGGAAGAUGCUGAUGCGGCUGCUCUGCAGGAACUGGAGUCCGUCGUUAAGCGACGAAGAGACGAGGAGUUGUAA